CCGCCGUAUCCGUCCUCAUCUUCUGUCUAGCAGCCAACCUCUUGUACCCUUGUCCUGUACUAUCUUUCCAUCUUGCAUUGCCAGUCGCGUGUACAUCAGGAUCGCCCACUACUGCUCUCUUUGCAUACAGUCCACCUCUGUCUGGACCCACGUCAUACCCCUAAUACCAACUUGCAUCACCGCAUGAGGGAUCCGACACCAACCACGGCAUAAUGGCUGACCACUUCAACCAAAACAACCUCAACCUCUCGGCUGACGAGAAACGAUACUAUGGCCAGCUGUUCCAGCAAGCUGAUACCGAUCGAUUGGGUGUCGUCACGGGCGAGAUUGCUGUGCGCUUCUUCGAAAAGACAAAAGUUGCUCCUAAUGUCCUAGGCGAAAUUUGGCAGAUUGCCGACCAUGAGAACCGCGGUCUCCUCACAAAGCCCGGCUUCAGCGUAGCUCUUCGUCUCAUCGGCCACUACCAAGCUGGUCGCGAACCUACUGCUGAGCUGGCUUUCCGCCCCGGCCCGCUACCCAAGUUCGAUGGCAUGCCUCCACCUCCUCCUGCGCCUGCUCCCGUCGCAGCAGCUCCUGUCCCCGCCCCUAUUCAAGCACAAGGCACUGGUAUCAGGAUACCCCCUCUCAACCCUGAGAAGUUGACACAAUAUGCAAAUCUAUAUGAACAAUCGGCUGGAGGCGGUUACCUGUCGGGCGAACAAGCAAAGGCCAUCUUCGAAAGAGCGGGCUUGCCCAACGAGACCCUCGGACGCAUCUGGCAAUUGGCCGACCGUGAAGGAAAGGGCUCCCUCGACAAGACCGAGUUCUGCAUCGCCAUGCACCUCAUAACAUGUUACAAGAGUCGCGCAUUGGCAGGCUUCCCGAAUGUCCUUCCUCCAGCACUUUUCGAGGCCGCCGCUCGUCGUCCCAACCCUACAGGCCGUUCGUCGGUGCCUCCCGCUGGCCCAUCAGCUAUGCCUCGUCAAUUCACCGGUCCUCAGGCUCGCGCCCAGAGUCCUCUUGCAAGAGCUGCGUUCGGUGCACCACCACCCAUGGCCCCACAAACCACAGGCCCUGCCUGGUUGAUUGCUCCUCCUGAAAAGGCCAAGUACGAUCAAUUCUUCUCGAGCAUUGAUACGGCAAACAAUGGUGUUCUGAGUGGUGAACAGGCCGUCAAGUUCUUUAGUGACUCCGGUCUGCCUGAGGAGACUCUGGCUUCCAUUUGGGACCUGGCAGACAUCAACUCCGAGGGUCAACUCAACCGCGAUGAAUUCGCCGUUGCCAUGUACUUGAUUCGCCAGCAGCGUAGUGGUGCUCCUCUCCCAGCCUUCUUACCUCCGGCUCUGAUUCCCCCAACCAUGCGUAACCAAGCGCAUCCUACCCCUCAGACCACUGCGCCUGCAUUCGACAACGCCAACAACUCUUCGCAACUUCCCAAGUCGGCUACUGAGGACCUCUUCGGACUAGAUGAGCCCAUGCCUCCAAUCCCUGCUCAGCAGCCGGCCCCCGUUCCUGUCUCGACACAAAACACUGGAAACGCAUUCGGUUCUGAUCCAUUUGCAGGAGGUAGCAAGCCUUCUUCUCCUCCACCCAAUGCUUCUCCCAGAAACUUCACUCCUCAACAAACUGGUGGCCCCUCGUCUUUGUUCAAGCCGUUCAUCCCUACCUCAGCCUUUGGUGCCACUCUUGCAGCGCAAAACACUGGAGGAAGCAACGCUCCAAGCAGCGCUCCAAGCAAUGCUACCAGAAGUCCCCAACCUCCUUCUGCCAUGGACGACCUUCUCGGCGACGCCAACGACGAAGAGACCAGGAACAUCACCGAAGAUACAACCGAGCUUGCAAACAUGUCUAACCAGCUCGGCAAUUUGAGAAACCAGAUGCAAGACGUUCAGACUAAGAAGACUACCAAUGAGCGUGAUCUUGCGGCUUCGAGUGCUCAGAAACGUGAGCUCGAACAGCGCCUGGCUCAGUUCCGUGCUCAGUACGAAAACGAAGUUAAAACUGUCAAGUCGCUUGAGGAGCAGCUUGCUAACUCGCGCAAUGAGACCAAGAAGUUGCAACAGGAGUAUGCUAUGAUUGAAGGCACUUAUCAAGACUUGCAGAAUCAGCACCAGCAGGUUUCUCAGGCUCUUACUGCGGAUCAACAGGAAAAUGCCAGCCUCAAACAACGCAUCUCGCAGAUGAACGCCGAAAUUACUCAGCUCAAGCCGCAGCUCGACAAGAUGAGAUCUGACGCUCGCCAACAGAAGGGCAUGGUCGCCAUCAACAAGAAGCAGCUCGCGACGAACGAGGGAGAGCACGAGAAGAUCCAAACUGAGAUGGGAGACUUGAAGAAGGCUGCCGAGGAACGUGAGCUGCAAGAAAGACAGCAAGCUGUAGCCGCACAGGAAGAGCGUUCGAGAGCUGUUGUCUCGCCUCAACCGCCAUCCACUGUGGUCAGCCCUGCUCCGUCAAACACCAACCCGUUCUUCAGAAAGGCAACUGCUCCUAGAGAAGAAGGUACUCUGUCGCCUGGUGGUUUCUUGUCAAGUGCUCCUAGCCCUAGUGCCUUCGAUGCGUUGUUUGGACCUUCGGCAUCAUCCCAACAGCAAGCUGGAACGCACACGCCUCCGGUCACGUCCUUCAGAUCUGAACCUUCUGGUCCCUCGGUAUCCUCUGACGGCCGUCUGACUCCUGGUUCUCCUACUUUGUCUGCCACUGCUCACGACGAGCCUCCCCCGCCUCCCCCGGAGUCGAGACAAUUUACUCCCAACAUCUUGCCUAUGCGCCAGCCUUUGACUAGAGAUCAGUCCGUUGCUUCCUCUAACCGUGCAGCACCUCCUGCUAGCAGAAUGGGCGAGCAAGAUGCUGGUGUCACUUCCCCGUGGGAUCACCCACCUACCAACACUUUCAGCUCUAAUCCAUGGGGCGGUGAGGAUGUUGCUACUCCUCCUGCUCAGAUGUCUGGUCCAGCUAUUCAAUCACAGAACCAUGACGGAAACCACGAUAGCGUGUCCAGAGAUGUGCCUCAGCAACUGGAAGAAGAGAUUCCUGGUGCUUUCCCCGAGACUCCCAUGGAGACCCAAACUACUGGCCAGUCUACCCAAGCACCUGCACACGACUUCGAUUCUGCCUUUGCCGGAUUCGGAGAUGGCCAACAGCAACAGAACGGUGAUCACUCGGCUACUCAUGAUCCUUUCGCACCUGCACCGGUAUCUAGAGAAAUCGAUGCUGCACCUGUCUCCCGAGAGGUCAACGCUGCACCCGUCUCUAGAGAAGUUAGUGCUGCACCUCCAAGCUACGGCAACUCCGAGUUCCCCCCAAUUCAGACUCUGGAGCAUGAGGAUUCUAGCAGUGAUGACGACAGUGACAGCGAGCGUGGUUUCGGCGAUGACUUCGGUGCUUCUGAGUCUCAUGUCCCAGCUGCCGCAGCCGAGAUUCCCUCUGGCGAGCAUCGCGAACUCGUUGUUGGCGACUCACGUCGUCCCAGUGCUGUGGGCACACAUUCCGCAACCAAUUUGUCCGAGCUCCCGAGCAUCACGGCACAAACGUCCCCACCUUCCUAUGAAACAGCUCAGGAAGGUCAGCACCGCAGUGGCUCGAACAACUUCCCUCCCGAGUUUACCGGACUGCUGCCUUCACGCGAAGACCCCACACAGUCUCCUGUGCCACAUUCCGUACCCCAGGAGCCUCAGCAACCCCAGACUCCAAUGACCAGUACGGCUGGCUCUGAUCACUUCCACGACGCUCACUCUCGUCCUAUGAGCAAUGUCACCGACAUGGGAGCCACCUCUUUUGCCAACGUUGGCGAUGUUACGCAGCAUGUUGCUCCCGUUGCACCUCAAGAGACCACCAAGGAUGCCUUCGAUGACGACUUCGACAACUUUGAUGACCUCGCUGAAGCCAAGGAAGCUAGUGGUGAAGGCUUCGACUUUGGCUUCCCCGGCCAUCAGAAUACUGACGAGUUUGAUGCAAACUUCGACUCGCCCGCUCAAUCGACGAUCCACACUGUAUCUUCGCCUCAAGAGACACCUGUGACGAGAACCGCACCCAACGGCUUCUCUGAUUUCGAUACCAACACAAGCGGGUCGCAGCAACAAACGACAAUUGCCAGCCCUUUCGCAUCGACACACGCACCUCAAGCACAGCAACCGCAUGACUGGGACGCCAUCUUCUCGGGUCUUGACACACCGGCACCUCAAGUAGAGCCUAGCUUUGCAGGCUCAAGACUAGGCGACGGAGCAGCGACUCCCAAAGCCUCUGCGGCACAGACUACAGCAAUGCCUCCAUUGGGUCGCGCAAUCAGCACGGGAACCGAGCACGACGACCCUAUCCUGAAGAGAUUGACAGGCAUGGGCUACCAAAGAGAAAAGGCUCUUGACGCAUUGGAAAAGUUUGAUUAUGAUAUUGACAGAGCUAUCGAUCACUUGUCAAGCUAGAAAGUUGACAAGCUUAACUGGAAUCUAGCACGGUGGAUGGCAGGUGGAUGAUGAUACCUAGUGUGUUUGUCUGUAUAGUAGAAUAGCCAGCCAUAAUUAAUGGAAAGAGAGAAGCAG